AUGCUUGAUGAUGAGGCAAUUACUACUGGACCUCACCAACGACCACAAUUAAAAGGUUGUCAUAAUCGUAUUAAUGAUAGCGGAAUUCGCGACAUUAACGCCCGUCGAAGCGGAACAACUAUACUAGACGACCAGCGAGCCAGUGUCAUUGUUGACGAACAGGGAAUUAACCGAGCCGGAACCAACCCCAAUUUUUACCGCUAUGACCCCAGCCGAACCAUUGAAUUUGUAGCCGUUUUAACUGACAUUAUUGAAUUUAGCCCUAAUACUGGUGAGAAACGAAAUGUAGGAUUGGUAAAAGAGGAGCGAGAUGUAAUUUCUGAUGAUAAUACUCUCGAUAACCGUCCAUCUAUCUACCAAGCCAACCAAUUAAUCGAGCAGUUAAGGAGUAUUAGAAAUAAAGCCGCUAACAAUGGUGGCAUAGCCCCAACUACGCCUCUGGCAUUAACUAAUGAUAUUGCCAAACAUGUUUAUCAACGCUACAUUCGGAUAUACCAAGACAAAUUCUUAGCCGCUAAUAGCACUAUUGCUGGUUCUGACCCAGGACGAAUUAUUAAAAAUAUUACUGCUCCUCACUUACGAAGAGCCAAAGCAACUAAAUGGUUAAAAGAAAAAAGUUUAGAGUCUGCUAUCGCCAAAACUAUUUACGAUAAUGGAAUGGUAAGUGCUAAUCCUAAUUUUGACCCACAACUUAUUUUGAAAGAUUUUUAUGACAAUUUGGCUCCGAUAGUUAACUUUAACCCUGCUUUAACUGCCUCUUAUCAAGGAAAAGGCUUAACCGGUCAGCAAGCCGCGGCUGCUUAUGGUUCUCAGCCUAGUCUCCCCGACCCCGAAAGAAUUGACGCUGAUUAUAUCAAUAACGCGGUGGAUAAUAAUGAUUUAAAUGAACGAAAAACUAAUAUUACCACUGCCAUUAAUCAAGUAAGAGACCGCCAUGCUCCUAUGACUCCACCACGAACUCCCACUUCUCUCCACACUGAAAUAGAAGCCGCCAUCCAAGCCGUCCACGAGCGGUUCCAAGCCGCCAAUUUUAGUUCUUCCCUGCUGGAAACGGAAAAGCGGGAUGAAUUAAUUCAAAAAAUCGCUGCCGCCGAGCCGAAAGAAGAACCAAACCACGACCAACCAACUACCCCCAACUACCAGCCAACUAAGGACACCCCGCAACAACCCCAAACC